UUUCAAGCCUAGUAGCCGUUUCCUCUUUUAUUCUUCUUCUGGCUAUGAGCCGACAUUGCAUAUCAGGUUUGGACCUUUGAGCGACAUUCUUGUUGUCCUCAAAUUUUCAUCCAAUUUUUCCACUCUCACCCAACACUAGAAAAAUAAAAUCCAUGGAUUCCACUUUCUUUUCUCUUUAAUUUUCUUUGAACCAAACAGAGACGUUUCUCUUUGUUAUCACAAUUUCCCUCUAAUUGUAUACGGAUUUUGGUUUCUACACAAGAAAAUUCUUCCUGGGUUUGAAAUAAUUGAUUUGCAAUCUUCAUGGUUUCUAUGCUUUGUUAUAUUUGUCUCCAAAUGAACCUGUUCUGGUGAUCUUAUUGAGAAUGAAAGCUGCGACCAUAAACAAACUCAUAUACUUUCUGGUGUAAAUCAUAAUCUUCUGGGAAACUAUUUCAUAUAAACAGCUCGUAUACUUCAUGGAAUAAUUGCAGAAGGUUUUGCGACGCAGCUGAGACCACUGUGAAGUAUGCUGCAGUUUCUAUCACCGGCAUCCCUGCUCGUAUAAACCCUUUUAUUGGAUGAGAGUAAAGGGUGCUUUUUAGGGGAUUUGGAAAUGGAUGAGACUAUGAACCAAUUCCAGCAAAGCUUGAUUGAGCUUGAAACUGAAGCUGAACAUUUACUACUAGCCAGGAAUCAGAAAUGCAGCUGGUUGAGAAUGAUAAAGUGAGGAAUGGGAACAGAGAAGCACUUACUGCACUGAGGAAAAAGGCCCGGACAACAAAAACUAGUGUCCCAUCUCCUUUUGAGUCAAUGAUGAAGAAUACUGGGAACCCUGGAUCAAGACCUUUGGUAAAGGAGGUUUGUGCAACUUGUGGCAACCAUGACUCAAAUGAGCGGACAUGGAUGAUGUUCCCAGGAACUGAUGUUUUUGCUAAGAUCCCAUUUCAUGCUGCUCACAUUAUUUUGGAGAAAGAUCAAGCAAAGCUGGAUCAUGAAGCUAAGAAACUGCAAAGCUAUGUGAAAGAGAAAUCUUUUUUGAUAUCAGAAAAAGGUGUCCUUGCUGAUAAGAUUAGUCCUGGUGUACUUAGAUCCUUAGUUGUGUUAAAAGAUAAACCAUGAUUGUGAGAUCUGACUGAUGUGAUGAAGCAAUCAAACAAAUGAAAAGUUAUUUUUGGGAGUCAACAUUGCUCUUUAUAGGGGGGUUGGCAAUGAAGUUGGUUGGAAUAUCUUUUGAGCAGAAGUGUCUUGAGAAACUUGAAGGAACGUGGAUGAAAGUUAUCAACUGCUACUGAUUAUGAUGACUAUGCUGUGAAUGUUGGUUUUAUAAAAACAUGAAUGUCUUCUUUGAAUCUGUUUUGUUAUAAAUGACUGAAUGGACUUCCUCUGUCAAAGCAAUGUUAGCAUUAGUGGGGUUAUAGAGAAACGGUUUUCGACUGAUUCAUUAUCUGGACUGAGUUCUCAUUUGCUCAGAUUCACUUAAAGCUGCGAAAUCUUGAAAUGGACAAGCAUGAUGUGUUAUUUCUUUCUGAUGCACCUAUUUGUGUAGUUGCAUUAUUGUUCUUGUGUAUCUUGUAUUGGCUAAGUUGUUAGUUGAAGAGAUGUUGACGGGGCAAAGAAUAUGGCAUUGCAUGAUACAGAGUUGCUCUUGGCCUGUUCUACUUUUUCAAUCGAAUUAUUUUAAUUUGUAGCUGCUGGGCUGGCAAUGGAUUUUUUUCUCUUUGUUGUCAACUUUAGUCGGUUGACAUGCGAGUGUUUUAACCUUCAUGUGGCAGGCAGGCAGGCAGGCAGCCAGCCAGCCACCUUUAAUCUUAAUCUGAAGUUUUAGUCGAACUUAUAACAAACAUAUCCAUAGGUUAUAAGAAAGUUAAUGUAAUUAUUAUGAUGAA